CUUGAUGGAUACGCGGACGGCGACCGCCGAGCUGGGCUGGACCGCCAACCCUCCCUCGGGGUGGGAAGAAGUCAGUGGCUACGACGAAAACCUCAACACCAUCCGUACAUACCAGGUGUGCAACGUCUUCGAGCCCAACCAGAACAACUGGCUCCUGACCACGUUCAUCAACCGGCGUGGAGCUCACCGCAUCUACACCGAGAUGCGCUUCACUGUGCGGGACUGCAGCAGCCUCCCCAACGUCCCCGGCUCCUGCAAGGAGACCUUCAACCUCUACUACUACGAGACAGACUCUGUCAUUGCCACCAAGAAGUCCGCCUUCUGGACGGAGGCACCCUACCUCAAAGUGGACACCAUUGCUGCUGACGAGAGCUUCUCCCAGGUGGACUUUGGUGGCAGGUUGAUGAAGGUGAACACAGAAGUGAGAAGUUUUGGGCCUCUGACCCGUAAUGGCUUUUACCUGGCUUUCCAGGACUAUGGGGCUUGUAUGUCUCUGCUGUCCGUCAGGGUCUUCUUCAAGAAGUGCCCCAGCGUGGUGCAGAACUUCGCCAUCUUCCCGGAGACGAUGACGGGAGCGGAGAGCACCUCUCUAGUGACUGCCCGUGGCACCUGCAUCCCCAACGCCGAGGAGGUGGACGUGCCCAUCAAACUGUACUGCAACGGGGACGGGGAGUGGAUGGUCCCCAUCGGCCGAUGUACCUGCAAGGCUGGUUACGAGCCGGAGAACAACGUGGCUUGCAAAGCCUGCCCAGCGGGGACCUUCAAGGCCAGCCAGGGCGCAGGGGUCUGCGCCCCGUGUCCCCCCAACAGCCGCUCCACCGCCGAGGCCUCGCCGGUCUGCACGUGCCGCAACGGCUACUACCGGGCUGAUUUCGACCCCCCGGCAGCCGCCUGCACCAGUGUCCCAUCCGGCCCCCGCAAUGUCAUCUCCAUCGUCAACGAGACGUCCAUCAUCCUGGAGUGGCACCCGCCGCGAGAGACGGGGGGUCGGGAUGACGUCACCUACAACAUCGUCUGCAAGAAGUGCCGGUCGGACCGACGCGCCUGCUCCCGCUGCGACGACAACGUGGACUUUGUCCCCAGGCAGCUGGGGCUGACGGAGACCCGGGUCUUCAUCAGCAGCCUGUGGGCCCACACGCCGUACACCUUCGAGAUCCAGGCUGUCAACGGGGUCUCCAACAAGAGCCCCUUCCCGCCGCAGCACGUCUCCGUCAACAUCACCACCAACCAAGCUGCACCUUCCACCGUCCCCAUCAUGCACCAGGUGAGUGCCACCAUGAGGAGCAUCACGCUCUCCUGGCCUCAGCCCGAGCAGCCCAACGGCAUCAUCCUGGACUACGAGAUCCGCUACUACGAGAAGGUGAGCCGCAUCUGCACGCCCGAUGUCAGCAGCACCGUGGGCUCCAGGCCGGCAGCGGACCACAACGAGUACAACUCCUCCAUGGCCCGCAGCCAGACCAACACGGCCAGGAUCGAGGGCCUGCGGCCCGGCAUGGUCUACGUGGUGCAGGUCCGAGCCCGCACCGUGGCCGGCUACGGCAAGUACAGCGGGAAGAUGUGCUUCCAGACGCUGACGGACGAUGACUACAAGUCAGAGCUGAGAGAGCAGCUGCCUUUGAUCGCGGGGUCCGCAGCGGCCGGGGUGGUCUUCAUUGUCUCGCUGGUGGCCAUUUCCAUCGUCUGCAGCAGGAAGCGUGCCUACAGCAAGGAGGCGGUGUACAGUGAUAAAUUACAGCACUACAGCACCGGGCGAGGGUCUCCGGGGAUGAAGAUCUACAUCGACCCCUUCACCUACGAGGACCCCAACGAGGCGGUCCGAGAGUUCGCCAAGGAGAUCGAUGUGUCCUUUGUGAAGAUUGAAGAGGUCAUCGGAGCAGGGGAGUUUGGAGAAGUGUACAAAGGACGCCUGAAGUUGCCCGGCAAGCGGGAGAUCUACGUGGCCAUCAAAACCCUCAAAGCUGGCUACUCUGAGAAGCAGCGCCGGGAUUUCCUGAGCGAGGCCAGCAUCAUGGGGCAGUUCGACCACCCCAACAUCAUCCGCCUGGAAGGAGUGGUGACCAAAAGCCGACCCGUCAUGAUCAUCACAGAGUUCAUGGAGAACGGGGCCCUGGACUCCUUCCUGCGGGUAAGGCGAGGUGGGGCCGGGCGGGCUGAUGUUCAGUGGUGGGAUUUGGGAGUGAGAUGUUGGCAUCCCAUCCCAGGUGGCUCAGGAGCUGGUGGCAUGGUGACCAAAAGCCGACCCGUCAUGAUCAUCACAGAGUUCAUGGAGAACGGGGCCCUGGACUCCUUCCUGCGGCAAAACGACGGGCAGUUCACGGUGAUCCAGCUGGUGGGGAUGCUCAGAGGAAUCGCCGCCGGGAUGAAGUACCUGGCGGAGAUGAAUUACGUGCACCGAGACCUGGCUGCCAGGAACAUCCUGGUCAACAGCAACCUGGUGUGCAAGGUGUCGGACUUCGGCCUCUCGCGCUACCUGCAGGACGACACGUCCGACCCCACCUACACCAGCUCCUUGGGGGGGAAGAUCCCUGUGAGGUGGACGGCGCCGGAGGCCAUCGCUUAUCGCAAGUUCACCUCGGCCAGUGACGUCUGGAGCUACGGCAUCGUCAUGUGGGAGGUGAUGUCGUUCGGGGAGAGGCCCUACUGGGACAUGUCCAACCAAGAUGUCAUCAACGCCAUCGAGCAGGAUUACCGGCUCCCGCCGCCCAUGGACUGUCCGGCCGCCCUGCACCAGCUGAUGCUGGACUGCUGGCAGAAGGACCGCAACACCCGCCCCCGCUUCGCCGAGAUCGUCAACACCCUCGACAAGAUGAUCCGCAACCCGGCGAGCCUCAAAACUGUGGCUACCAUCACCGCUGUGCCUUCUCAGCCCCUCCUCGACCGCUCCAUCCCCGACUUCACUGCCUUUACCUCAGUAGACGACUGGCUGAGCGCCGUGAAGAUGAGCCAGUACCGGGACAGCUUCUUGACCGCUGGCUUCACCUCCCUGCAGCUGGUUGCCCAGAUGACAUCUGAAGACCUCCUGAGAAUAGGGGUGACUUUGGCUGGGCACCAGAAGAAGAUCCUGAACAGCGUCCAGUCCAUGCGAGUCCAGAUGAGCCAGUCACCGACCUCGAUGGCAUGACGUCCCCUUGUUCGACGGGGAGGGGACGGGGAGGGCACGCAGCGGAGGUGGGAGGGGAGGAACUGAGGGGCACCCCCCGUUGGGAGAGGUGCCACCGCUGCCCGGGGACCGUGACCGCAGGCGAAGGAUGUUCCUGGGACUCAUCUCUUAACUGGUGACUUCCGUUCCUCGCCAACAGAAGCACACUUACCGAUGUCACGGGGAACAGCGUAUAAAUACCUAUAAAUAUGUACAAAUCAUAUAUUUAAAAAAAACAAAACAAAACAACACAAAAAAAAAAAUGAACACAAAAAAACAAUGAAGACAAACCAAUGCGCGUUGGGGGAAGCAAACCCAAACCCUCGAGACCAGACUCCAAUCCCACCACCCGUGAGUGAGCAGUGGUCGAAAACUGAGAAAGGAGGAAAAAAAGGGGGGGCUGUUGGGGAAGGGAGAGGCACGAGAUGGAGCGGCCCCCGUCUGGAGAAACCACCUUCCUUUUCUUUUCUUCUUCUUCUCCCUGCUCCCCCUGCUCCCCUCCCCUGCUCAUGGACCAUGGGUGGAAUGUCCUCGGACGUCUCCGCAGCUCCCUGCCCUCCUGCUCUCCGGCAACUACCAAAGGACUUCGCUGACCACUGCAUGGGGGAUCCGACUCAAUCCAGUUAAUGUCUUCAUAUUGAAGAAGAGAUGUACCUUCAAUAGAAAAAAAAACCUUGGGGUUUUUUUGUUGCUUUUUUUUUUUUUUUUUUUUUUUUCUCUUUCGCUUGCAUUUUUUUUGCAAAAAGCAAAAAAAAAAGAGGAUUAAAAAAAAAA